AUGUCUGACGUUGCUUACACUUUGGUCUUUGACCCGAACCCUGCUAGUAAGGUUUCCAUCAAUGAAUUCAAAACUUUAUUGGAGAAAGGUAAAGAUGAAUCUAAAAUUGAUGCCAUGAAACAAAUUUUGAUCACCAUGCUUGAUGGUAAUCCAAUGCCUGAAUUAUUGAUGCAUGUCAUCCGUUAUGUUAUGCCUUCAAGAAGCAAAGAAUUGAAGAAAUUAUUAUAUUUCUAUUGGGAAAUUGUUCCAAAAUUAGAUUCAGAUGGUAAAUUAAAACAAGAAAUGAUUUUAGUUUGUAAUGCCAUUCAAAGAGAUCUUCAACACCCAAAUGAAUACAUCCGUGGUAAUACAUUGAGAUUCUUAACCAAAUUAAAAGAACCUGAUUUAUUAGAACAACUGGUUCCAUCAGCUCGUGCAUGUUUAGAACAUCGUCAUGCUUAUGUUCGUAAAUAUGCAAUUUUUGCCAUUUAUGCAAUUUAUUUGGUUUCAGAUCAUUUAAUUCCAGACGCUCCAGAAAUUAUCAAUGAUUUCUUAGUCACUGAAACUGAUCCAACAUGUAAACGUAAUGCUUUCAUUGCAUUAGGUAAUUUGGACAGAGAAGGUGCUUUACGUUUCAUUCAAGAAAAUGUUGCUGCUUUAGAAACAAUAGAUCCAUUAUUACAAUUAGCUUUCAUUGAAUUUAUUAGAAAAGAUAAAGCACCAGAAUUAAGAACAAGAUAUAUUAAUUUAUUAUCAGAAUUGUUAGAAUCAAAUUCAAACACUGUUAUCUAUGAAGCUUCUAAUACAAUUACUGCAUUAACAAGUAACCCAUCAUUUGUUGCCUUAGCUGGUAAUAAAUUCAUUGAAUUAGCAAUUAAAGAAUCAGACAAUAAUAUCAAAUUGAUUGUUUUGGAAAGAAUACAUGAUAUCCAUAAGAAAAACCCAGGUAUACUAGAAGAUUUAACUUUAGAUAUCUUAAGAAUUUUAUCCACACCAGAUAUUGAUAUUAGAAAAAGAGCUAUUGAAAUCGCUCUUGAAUCAAUUUCAAGUCGUAAUGUUGAUGAAGUAUUAAAAUUAUUCAAGAAGGAAUUACAAAAAACUGUCACAUCAGAUGCUGAUAAAGCUGUUGAAUAUCGUCAAAUAUUAAUCUCAGCUAUCCAUCAAACAGCUAUCAAAUUUUCACAAAUUGCAGCAAGUGUUGUUGAUUUAUUAUUAGAUUUCAUUGCUGAUUUAUCAACUACAUCAGCUACAGAUGUUUUAGCCUUCAUUAAAGAAGUUGUUGAAAAAUAUCCAGAUUUAAGAAGUUCAAUUGUUCAACGUUUAUUAAAUUCAUUAGAUAACAUUAGAAGUGGAAAAGUUUUCCGUGGUGCUUUAUGGAUCAUUGGUGAAUAUGCUUUGACUGAAAAAGAUAUUCAAGAUGCUUGGAAACAUAUUCGUUCAAGUGUUGGUGAAAUUCCAAUUAUUCAAUCAGAAAGAAGACGUAUUGGUGAACCAGAAGAAGAACAUGAAGAUGAAGGUAAAAAAUUAAACGGACAAUCAAAACCAAUUGUUUUACCAGAUGGUACUUAUGCUACUGAAUCUGCAUUAACUUCAGAAAAGAAAGUUACUAAAGAAGAAACAAGACCACCAUUACGUCAAUUUAUUCUUGAUGGUGAAUUUUAUACAACUGCAAUUUUAUCAUCAACUUUUGUUAAAUUAAUUUUAAGAUUUCAAGAAAUAUCACAAAAUGCUACAAUUUUAAAUGCUUUGAAAGCUGAAGGUUUAUUAAUUUUGGUUAGUAUAUUAAGAGUUGGUCAAACUUCAUAUGUUUCUAAAAAAAUUGAUGAAGAUUCUGGAGAAAGAAUUUUAACUGCAAUUACAUAUAUUGCUGAAGGUAAAGAAAGUAAAUUAUUAGAAGUUGCAUUCUUAGAAGCAACUAAAGAUGCUUAUAAAGAACAAGUUGAAGCUGAAGAUAAAAGAAAAGCUAAACUUGAUCAAGCAGAAAUUCAAAAAAAUUCACAACAAGUUGAUGAAGUUAUUCAAUUUAGACAAUUUGGUAAACAAGAAACAACUUCAGAUGUUGAUGAAGAUUUAACUUUAGCUACAGGUGUUAAAGUUGAAGAAGAUUUAUCAUCAAGAUUAAAUAAAAUUGUUCAAUUAACUGGGUUUUCAGAUCCAGUUUAUGCAGAAGCUUAUGUUAAAGUUCAUCAAUUUGAUGUUGUUUUAGAUGUUUUAUUAGUUAAUCAAACAACAGAAACUUUACGUAAUUUACAUGUUGAAUUUGCAACAUUAGGUGAUUUAAAAGUUAUUGAUAAACCAACUACACAAAACAUUCCAGCACAUGGAUUUUUCAAAAUUCAAACAACAAUUAAAGUUACCUCAGCUGAUACUGGUGUUGUCUUUGGUAAUAUUGUUUAUGAUGGUGGUCAUGGUGCAGAAAAUAAAGUUGUUAUUUUAAAUGAUGUUCAUGUUGAUAUUAUGGAUUAUAUUAAACCUGCUAAAUGUUCAGAAAAUAAAUUCCGUACAAUGUGGAAUGAAUUUGAAUGGGAAAAUAAAAUUGUUAUUAAAUCUAAUUUACCAUCAUUAAAAGAUUAUUUAGAUGAAUUAUUAAAAGGUACAAAUAUGUCAUGUUUAACCCCAGGUGCAGUUAUUGGUGAAGAAUGUCAAUUUUUAAGUGCAAAUUUAUAUUCCAAAUCAUCAUUUGGUGAAGAUGCUUUAGCUAAUUUAUGUAUUGAAAAGAAAACUGAUGGUCCAAUUGUUGGUCAUGUUCGUAUUCGUUCUAAAGGUCAAGGUUUAGCAUUAUCAUUAGGUGAUAGAGUUGCAUCUAUUGCACGUAAAACAAAUAAAGCUAAAUUAACAAGUGUUUGA